AAGUCAAAAAAGAUGGCGCCCACUCACGUAUUGAGAUGCUGUCAACGGGGAUUAGCAUGGAUACCUGUGAUUUUUAUCGCUAUGGUCGUCUGCUGGUCCUAUUAUGCCUACGUGGUGGAGCUCUGCAUAUUCACCAUCACGAGUAUAGGAAAACAGGUUGCAUACCUCAUCCUCUUCCAUCUCUCCUUCAUUAUGUUCGUGUGGUCCUAUUGGAAGACCAUCUUCACAAGGCCCAACAACCCUUCCAAAGAGUUCUGCUUGCCCAAGGCUGAGAAGGAACACUACGAGAAGGAGGAGAGGCCAGAAUCUCAGCAAGAGAUUUUGUGGCGAGCCGCCACCAACCUGCCAAUUUACACACGCACCGGAGCGGGAGCAAUUCGCUACUGUGACCGCUGUCAAGUGAUCAAGCCGGACCGGUGUCAUCACUGCUCUGCGUGUGACAUGUGUGUGCUGAAGAUGGACCACCAUUGUCCCUGGGUGAACAACUGUGUAGGGUUCUCCAACUACAAGUUCUUCAUUCUCUUUUUGGCCUACUCGCUGCUUUACUGCCUGUUCAUUGCAGCCACCGUGCUGCAGUAUUUCAUCAAGUUCUGGACUCUUUGCCGGAGAAAAUCGGCUGAGAACUGCCCAAAGAAUGACCUGCAAGAGACUCACUCGCACGCCAAAUUCCAUGUCUUGUUUCUCUUUUUUGUGGCGGCCAUGUUCUGCAUCAGUAUUCUCUCCCUCUUCAGCUACCACCUGUGGCUCGUCGGAAAGAACCGCUCCACCAUCGAGGCAUUCAGAGCACCCGUCUUUAGGACCGGGUCAGACAAGAACGGCUUUUCCCUUGGAUUCCGGAAGAAUAUCGCUCAGGUGUUUGGAGACCAAAAGAAGUAUUGGCUACUGCCAGUUUUCACAAGUCAAGGCGACGGCGUGACGUUCCCUACUCGCCUGGUCAACAUCGAUGUCGAACAGCCUACAGCUACUUUGCACCCGGACCAUAGUAAAAGCGAAGUGACCGUGAGCCCCCUAAGCGAGUCGCAGAAUCGCCUCUUGAGCAACGAGCAACUCACCAAAAGCAUGGGGGACCAUGUGGUUCAUAAUCCUGGUAAAUCAGCUUCAAACGACACCACCACCCUCUCCAUGGAGAGCGAAUCCUAA